UCAGCGGAGUGACGGGACUAGAACCUCCCGGUCCGAGCAGGACUCCUGUCCGGACCUGAGACGAGUGGGACCGGGUCUGUUGGACCGGACCGGUGGAUGUCCUCAGUGCGCGCGCUGAGAACCCUUUCCUUUUGAUUUGGUGUGACGCUUUGAAGACAUGAGCUCAUACACUUUGGCUUUGACGUGUUUAGUCGCGUGCGUCGUGUCCGCGCGCUGCAGCUCGGUGAGCGCGGCGGAGGCGCACAGCUCGCCCCCGGAGUCGUGCGCCUCGUGCGGCCUCAGGACGCCGGACCAAGCGGAGCGCGUGAACAUUGACUUUGUGGAGGCGGUGAAGAGGCACAUCCUGAACCGGCUGCAGAUGAAGGACAGGCCGAACAUCACGCACCCCAUCCCGAAGGCUGCCAUGGUGACGGCGCUGCGGAGGCUGCACGCGGGCAAAGUGCGGGAGGACGGGCGCGUGGAGAUCCCCAACUUUGACGGACAGGCCGCGUUCAACAACGAGGUCCAGGCGGAGACCUCAGAGAUCAUCAGCUUCGCAGAAUCAGACAAACACACAAACCCCAAAUCUGGUAUGUACUUCCUCAUCUCCAACGAAGGCCACCAGAACCUGUUUGUGUCCCAGGCCAACCUCUGGCUGUACUUCCGUCUGCUGCCAGUGGGUCCAGAGAAGGGUCUCAGGAGGAAGAUCACAGUCAAGAUCCACUACCGGGAGGCCAGCGCACUAGGUGGUGCUGAGGGAGGUCCGGGAGGCGGCGGAGGAGGGACAGCCCACUGGGCGCUGGUGGAGAAGCGGGUGGAUCUGAAGCGCAGCGGCUGGCACACGUUCCCCUUCUCGGAGGCGGUGCGCGCCGUGUUUGGGAAGGGCAGCCGGAGGCAGGACCUGGAGGUCCGCUGCGAGGGCUGCGAGACGGCCGGCGUGGCUCCGGUCCUGGUGGACCCAGGCGACCCGUCCCACCGACCCUUCCUGGUGGUGCGUGCGCGGCAGGUGGACGGAAAGCACCGCAUUCGUAAACGAGGUCUGGAGUGCGAUGGCACCAGCGGGGGCUUGUGUUGCCGGCAGCAGUUCUACAUUGACUUCCGCCUGAUCGGCUGGAACGACUGGAUCAUUGCCCCGGCCGGUUACUAUGGCAACUACUGCGAGGGCAGCUGUCCAGCCUACAUGGCAGGUGUCCCGGGAUCGGCGUCAUCCUUCCACACUGCUGUGGUUAACCAGUACCGCAUGAGGGGGAUGAGUCCCGGCUCCGUGAACUCCUGCUGCAUCCCAACCAAGCUCAGCACCAUGUCCAUGCUCUACUUCGACGACGAGUACAACAUCGUCAAGAGGGACGUGCCCAACAUGAUCGUAGAGGAGUGCGGCUGCGCCUGAGUCCGCCGGACCAGAAUACACCAGACUCUUUUCAAAUGGUACACAUAUUCAGCAUAUAUCUGUAUGUGCACCUCAUACCGCACCGGCCCAGAGCCGUAAACACGUGUGUAUGUGUCGGUGCAAGUGUGUGUAUUUAUCGGUCCGAGUGUUCAGCCGGUCAGCGACGGGACGAGAAGGGAGCGACGAUCACCAAAUGAUACUUUUGCUCUAGUUUGCCAUUUCUAGUCAAAAAUAAUGGCCCGUUAUCUCCUCAGAAAUGAAGAUUUUUUAAAUGAAAAAAGCGCUUAAAGACAAUGACAAUAUGAGCCAAUAACAGGAUUGGCAUCAGAACCACCCUUCUCUAACCCUCUGAAGUACUUAAAGCACAUAAGAGACUUUGUUUUUCUAAAGCACUGACAAUUCAUCUGCUUCUACAACUCAGAACACCAGCACUUUCUCUCUAUGCAGACAGAAGCAUUCUGACUGUCCUCUCUGGGGGAAUCAGACUGGUCCUGCAGGAUCAAAGCAUCGACCUGAAAGGAAAUACUGGACUCCAAACAGGAAGCCAGAGCGGGUGCAGUGCCCCGCCAUCGACAACAAAGAUGGCCGAAGCGUCUCUGCCUCCUCCUGUGGUUUAGAAUUGAAGGCAAACGGUCCGGUUGUUUAGGGGUGGCACCACGUUGUGCUUUUGGAGCCAGAGUUUGUGCACUUGAGACGUGAGGCGGUACAAAGGUCCCACCGCCACACCCUCCCAACACAGGCUGUCAGUCACAGUGUAACAUGGCACUUUCUUUAAGCCUCAAAAAACUAAUUCAACCUAAACAUUUGUAGAAUUAUUUUGAAUAAACAACACAAAUGUAAGAACUACUUCAAACAACCAAAAAUAACACCUGAACAAAAGUAUCUGAAGUGCACUUUUGUUUUUUUAAUCAAUAAAAUGUCCGAUUCAUUUACAUGGAAGGGGCGGGGCUUAAAUAUUGUACUGUGUGGCUUCAACUUCCAGCUUCCGGUCCUGUUUGUAUUUAUAAACAGGGCUGGGGAGUCGCACGUCCUACAUUUACUCUUUAUUUUCACUUUGAAAACAAAUUGCAUAUCUGUAAUUAUGGUGA